AUACCUUCAAACAAGUUCAAUCCAAAAAUUCCCAUGAAAAGAUGGGUAAAUUUGCCGUAUUGGGUGCGACUGGCGCUACUGGUCGGCAGUUACUAAAUCUUGCCUUAGAACAAGGGCAUGAAAUAGUGGCAUUGUGCAGAAACCCAUCCACACUGACGGUGAACCAUGAGAACUUACAGGCAGUCCAAGCUGACGUGAAUUCAUCCGAAUCAAUGAAAGCCCACUUUACAGGAUGUGACGUCAUCUUCUCAUGUCUGGGUACGUCAGGUGCUCUGGCAGUCAGAGAAAUUACAUUCUACUCGGAGACAAUCAAAUGUAUAACACAAGCUAUGGAGGAAUCAGGAGUAAAGAGACUUGUGUGCAUGUCGUCAUGGUGUACUGACUUCCGAGGCAGGUAUCCAGGCUCGUUCUUCAUGGAGUGGAUAUUGAAACCAUUUAUGGGACUGACUAUAGGCAGGCUCCUGAGUGACAUGGCUAGAAUGGAACAGUACCUGAUGCAGAGGAGUCAGGAUACUACAUGUAUUAACUACACAGUGGUCAGACCACCAGGCCUAUCAAAUGGGCCAGUCACUGACAAAGAAUUCUUCACGGAAGAGGGGCAGUACGUGACCAGUGUUGGUUACCAAAGCACCUAUAUUUCCCGAGCCGAUGUUGCCAGAUUCAUGCUGGCAUGUCUUGAAACUCAAGAAUAUGACAAGAAAAUCAUCGCUAUUGCUGUGUGAGAUUCUUAAGGUCAACCCUCUUCUGCCAUUUCCCACGUUGUAUUGUGUAACUGUGGGGGUGAUCCAGUAACACUGCAGGUUGAAUGGCUUCUGACUGGCACCCCUGAACAAAGAUCUGAUUCAGUAACACUGCAGGUUGAAUGGCU